AGUGAAAAGUUUUAUAUGACUAUCUCUUUCUAUUUAACAUCAAUAGAAAGAGAUAUUUUUCAUUUUUCACGUUUCCACCCUAGGGGAGAAGAUUCGUGAUUGACCCCCUGGUUCUUAUGGAAAAACGACACGUUGAUUGGUUCCGCGUCGCUUCUUGCCGCGCGGCAAGCGUUUCCGCGUCCUGUGGGCCAUCAUAACCUUUAACCUGGGUCCGUCCGGUCCGGGUCUAAUGCGGUCAGUAUAGGACUCGAUGGUGAUCAGUGUAAAUGUAAUGUAGUCAUAACCGUUAUAUAGAAGAGUUAAAAGAUUGAGAUUGUGGACUGAUUGUGAGAAAUAUGAAAAUUGAUUAAAAUACGUCCUGCAUGUCUUGAUAAGAGGAUAAAAGUUAAAACAGUGAGAUUAUGACGUGAAGAAUAUGGAAUGGAUUAAAUCAUUGACACAAUAAACUUUCGAUAUUAGUUAUUCAGAGGAUACUAGAAUAACAGUUCUCAAAGAAUAUAUAUUAAGAACAAGAAUAAGAAGGCAAUAACUUAACUGUUCACACCGUCUGAUGGAAUUUUCAAAAAGAAAAGUCAUUGCAUGAUAUACUAUGCUACAUAAAUAACCUUGAAGUGUGGGAUUAAACUACUACGUUAAUCUGUGGAAAAAAUAGUUGUUGUACAUUUUGAAACAUACUCUCAACGAAAAUGGUUGGAUUUUGUCAUGUUUGCAAAAUAGCACCAGCAGAGACGAGAACUGAUAUAUCCGUUCAUCGGAUACCGAAAGAUAAGAGAACUAGAGCAAAUUGGGUUGCAUUUAUCGGCCAUGAAGCAGGUCUGAAUGCUGGAAUUUGUAGCAGACAUUUUAAACAAUCUGAUUUUAUUUACAAAAUAUAUGGACAACGUGUUAGAAGAUUUCUUAAACCAGGAUCUUGUCCAUUACCGCGUUCACAAAAUACUAGAAAAAAUGUUAAACUCACUGGAAACACUAAAAAUUGCACACCAUUGAGAGCUGAAAUUGACACUAAUCUGGAAACAGAUGUAACGAUAAAAAGAGAAAUACAAACGUGCAUUAUGGAUGAAACUGUAGUAAAUACAGAGGAUUCAAUGGAUAUUCAAUUAAAAAGAGAGACUGAUGAUCCCUUAGCCAUUACGGGAGAUGAUACAAGUUUAGAUGAAACAAUGAUAAAUAUAAAUUCGAUAGAUAUACAAAGAGAAACUGAUGAUCCUUUAGCCACUAUAGAAUAUAACACUAAUCUGGAAACAAGUGUACUAUUAGAAAAUGAAAUACAGGAAUCCAUAAAUAUAGAUGAAACAGCUAUAAAUAUAAAUUCAAAAAAAGAUAACCAACUGAAAAGAAAAACAGAUGAUUCCUUGGCCAGUAGGAAACGCUUUUACAAUCCAAAAUACAUUGAUGAUCUAUGUCGAGAAGAUUUUACUUCAGAUGAAUCUUGGUGUUUGUUCAAAGAUUAUUCAAAAGAAACAAAAAUGAAAAUAAGAUCAUUGAAGAAAGUAAUUGUACAUUUAAAUAAAAGGAUCAAUAGCCUGCAAGAGAAGAAAAACAUGCAACAAUUAAAAAAAUUAUGGACAAAUUUGAAGCAAGCACAAAAAGGCUUAAUAAAGGAAAGACAAGUACGGUUUGGCACUGGAGGAAGACCAGAAGUUUCACAGGAAAUCGAUGCUGAUGUGGCAGCAAUAGCACCAAACUUAAUGGCUACAGCCCCUAUAUUAUUUGCAUCGAACAUGAACAAGGAUGAAGUAAAACGUCAUAAUGAAGGUAAAAACAGCGAAGUACGUAUGGAACUUGCAGAAGACGAACAAACAAUAGAAACUACAAACACUGAUUUGUUAUAUGAAGAAGGGAAAUCAGAAGCAGCAAAUAUCAAAUUAUUAUCUGAAGUUUGUGCAUCAUCUGUUAAAAAAGUGGCAUUAGAUACAGUAACAAUAAAAGGAAACACAAAAGAUAUAAAACAUAAAUUGUGCAUUGAUACAGAAGGAGAUUUAAAGAUACAAAGGUUAAAAAAUAUUAUAGAACAGGAAGAGGAAUUAGCCAAAUUUAAAUUAGAAUCCGAAAAGAGAAUGGCUACAAUUAAAGAAGCUCAUUUACAAGAUAUAAAUCAACUAGAAAUGAGAACAAUUUUGGCAAAAGUCAAAUUGGCCGAGCUAUUAUUUAAGAAGGAAGAGGUUGAAGAAAAGUAAUUUUAAAUAUAAGUUAAAAAUAUCAAGAGACAGGGGGAGUAAUCUCGCGCCAAGUAUACGCGAAAUGAGACCGCAGCAUGUAUCUUUACGCGAUUAAAUUGUAUGUAACACAACUACGUAAAAAGUAACAUUUACUAUACUCCGUCCAACGAGAGAUUGAGAGUGGUUCUUGUGCAUAGGCGGGCCAAGUUCCUAUAGAGUGUGGCGUACCGUAAAUAAUUAUAAAUAGAUGUUCUCUGGGCGGAGACCUGCGCGAGACGGACGAGUUUUCGUCCGAUCUACUCUCAAUCUUUCGUUGUGGGCCGAGUAUAAAUAUUAAUUUUAAUAAUAUAACGUAUUUAAUAAGUAAUAAAUAAAAUAAUGUAAAAUAUAAUAAUAAAAUAAGUAUAUAGUUAACUUUAUUUUUUCCCGUGGGGGUAACAGACUUCCGUUUCCAUACAAACAUCAAACAUAUAUGUACACAAUGUACGAUAAGUACACAAGCAACAUAUAGACAUUUAUUUUAUACAUUAAGGCCAUAUACAUCGACCAUAUUUUACUAUAUUGCCUAUCUUAUAAAAUAAG